AUGUUUUCUUCAUUUAUCCGCUUUUUUCCUUUUGUUUCUUUCCUUAGAAAUCUUAGGUUUUUCUAUUUUUUUUUAUUCCUUUCAUUUCUUUUUUUCUUCUUCCUUUUUAUAUUUUUUGUUUUUGUAAUAUUUCUUUCUCUCUUUCUUCCUUUAUUUGCUUUCUUUUUUCUUUACUUCAUUCAAAGAACUCUAAUUUGUCGUCACGUUUUAAUUUUCUUUCUUACUAACAUUUUUCUCUUCUUCCUUUUUGUUUCUUGCCUUUGUAAAAAUCGAUCGGUUUUCGAUUUGUUUUUAAUUUUGUUCAUUUACUUCUUUCUUUUCUUUCUAUUCAAAUUCUUUUUUAUAAUCAUUCUCUCUUUCUUUCUUUCGUUUCCUUUUUCUUUCUUUCUGUUUUCCUUAUUUUUCUUGUUUUCCUUAUUUUUACUUUUUCUUUUACUUUUUUAUUUCUUUUUCUCUUUCCUUUCUUUUACUUUUUCUUUCUUUCUUUUUUCUUUUCUUUCUUUUUCUUUUACUUUUUUCUUUAUUCUUUCUUUUACUUUUUCUUUCUGUUCACUUUUCUUUUUUUUAUUCUCUAUUUCUUUUACCUUUUUCCUUUUACUUUUUCUUUUUUCUUUUACACUUCUUUCUUUUACUUCUUUCUUUCUUUUACUUUUUUCUAUUUUAGUUUCCUUCCCCCUUUCCUUCCUCAAGAGGACCUUUCUCUCUUCUGCGUCUCCCCGCAUCUCCAUUUGCAUUCUUCUUCGAUCCCUAAUUUCAUUUUUCGCAGUGACAUCUGCGCAUUCUAUUCAUAUCUAUCUAUCUAUCUAUCUAUCUAUCUAUCUCAAUGUGUUCUUAUCUGUCUCUAUCUAUCUCCACCGCUUUUUCCUUUUCUUUCUUUUGCUCUUUCUUUUUUUCUAUCGCCCACUGAAUCACUUCUUUCAUUCUUUCUUUCUUUCUUUCUUUUCUUUCUUUCUUUCUUUUUCUUCGCUAUUUCCCUAUUUCCUUUUUCUCUCUCUCUCUUUCGUUCUUUCUUUCUUUCUUUCUUUCUUUCAUGCUAUAUUCAUUUCGUAUACUUUCUUUCAUUUUCCACUUUUUCUUUCUUUCUUUUUUUCUUUCUCCAUUAUUUUCGAUUUCUUUCUUUCUUUCUUUCUUUCUUUCUUUCUUUCUUUCUUUCAUGCUAUAUUUCUUUCGUAUACUUUCUUUCAUUUUCCACUUUUUCUUCAUUCUUUCUUUCUUUCUUUCUUUCUUUCUUUCUCCAUUAUUUUCAAUUUCUUUCUUUCUUUCUUUCUUUCUUUCUUUUUCUUUCUUUCUUUCUUUAACCCUCCGCCCAUAAACAUUUUAUUUCUUGCCUUUAUUACUUUACAUUCUUUUCAGCAUCGUUUUCCAUCAUCCAAUCACCUUCCUACCCUUAACUCUCCACCCAAGCCAUCGGCAGAAACACCUUUUCCACCACCUCACCAUUUUCCCGCCAAAGAUGUGGCUCCACUCGAUAACCAGCCAAUCAGGGCGACGCCAUAUUGCUGCAAAAUAGAGAUGGAGGCUUAA